GUUAUUCCUGCUUGAUUCAUACACGGCGCACUGGCUUUUGUUGCUGUCCUUCCUGACAUGGCCUCUGACUUGGGUGUCAUCUGAGUCUCAUCUGUACCUCACACAGAAAGGUAUUUGCAUAGGACUCAGAGGCAUUAAUCUUGUUUGAAUCUUCAGACAGACUCUGGAGGACCCCAUACCCACCUCACAGUUGACGUUUCUGGUGACACAGAAGACGGUGAUACAAGAAGCCCAGCUGUCCUGCUGAUGCAGUCCCCCUGAAUCUUGCCUGGGACGUGGGACAGCAGACUGAGAGUUCCGAGUCCAGCAGACCCAGGCUGUGCUGUUGCCGCUUAGUCACCUCACCUGGAGCCCAGCAGUAGAGGCUCUGCACCUUCCCUCUGUUUGUGCUUAAAUGGCACAGAGUUUGGUCAGCAUAUCUGAAGAGGAAGGUGUGAAAAGCAAGGCCAAUGGCUCCAUUCCGCUGCCAGUCAUGUGGCAAAUCAUUCCUCACCCAGGAGAAGCUCGCUGUCCACAAUUACUCCCACUCCAGGGAGCGGCCAUUCAAGUGCAUGCAGGCUGAGUGUGGCAAAGCCUUCGUUUCCAAAUAUAAAUUGAUGAGGCACAUGGCCACCCACUCCCCUCAGAAAUCUCACCAAUGUCUUCACUGUGAGAAGACGUUCAACCGGAAGGACCACCUGAAGAAUCACCUGCAGACCCAUGACCCCAACAAGCUGUCCUUUGGAUGUGAAGAGUGCGGGAAGAAGUACCACACCAUGCUGGGCUACAAGAGGCACCUGGCCCUGCACUCAGCCAGCAGCGGAGACCUCACCUGUGGGGUCUGCGCUGUGCAGCUGGGGUGCACCGAGGUCCUACUGGACCACAUCAGAUCCCAUGCAGAAGAAAAGGCUCCCACUGCAGCCAGGGAGAGGAAGCACCAGUGCGACCACUGUGAGAGAUGCUUCUACACCCGCAAGGAUGUUCGCCGCCACCUGGUGGUCCACACAGGAUGCAAGGACUUCCUGUGUCAGUUCUGUGCCCAGAGGUUUGGGCGCAAAGAUCACCUCACCCGCCAUACCAAGAAAACACACUCACAGGAGCUGAUGAGAGAGAGUAUGCAGGCAGGAGAGUUUCUGAGCACAUUCCAGACCGUGGCGCCUUCUUUCCAGCUGAAGGCCCCUCCCUUGCCUCCUUUCCAGUUAGCAGCUCCAGUCCAGAAUGGGUUUGUAGGUGGCUUGCCAACUGAGGUUCAUGGGCUCACCCUCAGUCCCCCAGAGCAAACCCUCCAGCCUAUGCCACCGCUGCCAGAGCCUCUUAUUUCCUUGCACCCUGGGGUGGUUUCCACCUCCCCUCCCCAGAUCCUUCCGGAUCACAAGUACAACACCGCCUCUACCUCAUACCCCCCACUUGCAGGCAUGCAGCUUAAAGCAGAUACUAAAGUUUUCUGCAACAUGAAUAUGAGUUUCUUUGAGGAGUUUCCUCUGCAAGAGCCGCAGUCACCUUGUUUUGAGCUGGGUAAAGAUAUGGUUGGGAAAAUCGAGCUGCCCAAAGAGCUGCUGAUAGAUGCUGUGAAUAUAGCAAUUCCUGCCUCUCUGGAAAUUUCCUCCCUGUUGGGUUUCUGGCAGCUGCCCCCUCCAGCUGCCCCAAAUGGCUUUGGGAACAACCCUGUUCCCCUGGGGCCUGGGGAGCCAGUGCCCCAUAGAAUAAGCUGCAUGCUGCAGCAGCUGCCACCCCCACCGCAGCUGCCGCCGCCACCACCGCUGCCGCAGCUGCUGCCGCUGCCGCAACCACAACCACUGCCGCAGCCGCAGCCUCUGCCGCAGCCACAGCUGCAAGUGCAGCUGCAGCUGCAGCCUCAGCCGCAACCACAAGAAGCCCCAGUAGCUGUGGGCACUGUGAGCCUGGGCCAGCUCCCUUUGCCCCCCAUUCCUCAUGUUUUCACAGCUGGCACCAACACGGCCAUCCUGCCGCACUUCCAUCAUGCAUUCAGAUAAAUGGCUUUUAAGAGCAUGUUUUUCCUUUUCUGGAAGACGUUUUAAGAAGUGUUUCAAGCAUCAGUUGUAGUUUGAGGGGAAUGAUGGUUUUAAGGAGUGUUUCAAACAUCAGUUGUAGUUUGAGGGGAAUGAUGGUUUUAAGUGUUUUGAACAUCAGUUGUAAUUUGAGGGGAAUGAUGGUUUUAAGAGGGGUUUUAAACAUCAGUUGUAGUUUGAGGGGAAUGAUUUAAGAAAUAGGAGUAGGACCGUAGAUUAUUAGUGAUGACUGACUUGAGAAAGAAUUCUCCAACUGCAUGCAUUGUGCCAAUAUAUGUCCUUAGUAUUCAUGCUUUGUACCAAAUUUAGUGAGCGUGUGUUGUGUAACUGAACUGCAAGUAUCUUGUGUUGUGUAAUCGAACUGCAAGUAUGUGUGUUGUGUAAUCGAACUGCAAAUAUUAUCAUAUUAUUAUCAUGUUAUGUUAUUAUCAUGUUAUUAUGUUGUUAUCAUGUUGCUAACAUGUUAUAACAACCAAGAUCCAAAACGACAGCUGCUAUUUUGUAAAUGUUUUAUUGUGUUGAAUUUAAUUGUAAUCCCUUAUGGUAGUAAUGCUAACUAGGUAACUUGUAAUCCAUUAUUGUAGUAAUGUUAAGUAGGUGACUUUAUGUUGCACUGCUUGGUAAGGGAGCUAUUGGAAUGUUUGGAUUUCUCCAAAACUUGGAAGAAUGUUUUGAAAGAAAAGUGCAACCUUUGUAUUUCGUGUUAUAACUAGACUUGUGUAGUUCCUUACAGGGACCUUUCUACCUUUGGGGUUGGAUGUAGUUUAGGUUCUAUUGUCAUAGCCUACUUUGUAGCUUUAUAAAGUCAUUUACUUGUGGAGUAGUAGACUUCUUCAGUUUAAAAAUGCAUUUUUAAUGUAGUUUUAAUAUUUUACAUAGGACACUGCAAUGUGAGUUAUCAUUUCAUUUAUUUUAAAGACAAAACUGAUAACUGUCAGUUAUAUCUGGUAGAAAAAAAAUCACUGUGUAAUCAAGUGGUAAAGUAAUCGUGGUGUCAAGUCAAAGCAUUUUGCUGACUAUAAUAUUGAUUAUAUUUUAGCAGGAACUUAACUGUACUGGAAUUAAAAAUAUAUACUAAAUAAGAAUUUUCUUUGCCUAGCUUAAAGUACUAUGCACGCUGCUUAAGUUUCUAAGUAUUGUUUUUAAUCACCAAUAGAAAAGUGUAUUUGUAGGUCAUCAGUUUAAGUCAUUGUUAGUUUUUAGUCUAAGAAGAUUACAUUUGCAAUGUAACUGUAUUUGUAAUCUCUCUCUUGAAUUUAGUACCGUAUUAAUCAUCUUUAAAAAUGUAUAACCUAAAAAAACCCAAACAAAAAAAUGUAUAACCUAACCUUUAGAAAAGUCUUUGUGCUUUGUUUUAGAGACUUUGUUUCCCCUAAACAUAUAUAUCUUACAUAUAAUAAACAUUACAUGUAUUGCA